ACCACUGAGUCCUGUACCCAGAGCGUGUCUGACCCUGUGCUGUCUCUAACCCCUCUGUGUCGAAUCAAACAUGGCCCCCAAGAAGAAGGAAGAGCCCAAACCAGCAGCUGCCCCUAAACCCCCAGAGCCUGAACCACCCAAGGAGCCCGAGUUUAACCCCGCUGAAGUCCAGAUUGAAUUCACUGCUGAGCAGAUUGAAGAUUUCAAGGAUGCCUUCCAGCUGUUUGACAGGACACCAACCAACGAGAUGAAAAUCACCUUCGCUCAGUGCGGCGAUCUGAUCAGGGCUUUGGGUCAGAAUCCCACCAACGCUGAAGUCUUGAAAGUUCUUGGCAAACCCAAAGCUGAAGACAUGCAAGUGAAGAUGUUGGAUUUUGACCAGUUCCUGCCCAUGCAUCAGCACAUCUGCAAGGCCAAGGACCGCGGCACCUUUGAGGACUUUGUUGAGGGUCUGAGGGUGUUCGACAAGGAGGGAAAUGGUACAGUGAUGGGUGCUGAGCUCAGACACGUCCUCGCCACUCUGGGUGAGAAGAUGAAGGAAGAUGAGGUGGAGCAGCUGAUGGCCGGCCAGGAAGACGCAAAUGGCUGUAUAAACUAUGAGGCUUUUGUAAAGCACGUCAUGGCUGGUUGAACGGAUGAUCAAGAUACAUCAGUCGAGGAUUCAGAAUGAUUUCAGUUUUUUUUUUUUUUUUUUUUAAUGGCAAGCCCAUGCGUGUGUUUCCUGCCAUGGGUCCACUGACUUGAUCUGUCUCCAUCCAUCUCUCAAACGUUCCUUUUUAUAUGGCACCACCGUCUGUUAUGCCUAAAGUGACUCCAUCAUUCAUCAUGCCUGUUCUUUAUGUGGAUAAAAAAAGUAUUAAAUGUCAUGCUUGAUUUAAA